CACUAUCUUUAGGACCCAGAGUGUCACUUCUUCAGCCUUUGUAGUUCUUUGUGUGGAGAUGAGGGAGACUGAGACGGGCUUCAUGCUUAUCACGAUUCACAUCAAGCAUUUUAUAAGCAGGGGGUUGUGACCAGGGUCGUUUGAACGCAAAAUCAGCUUCAACAACUGCUUGUUUUUCUUUUUUCUUUUUCUUUGAUUUCUUUUUUCUUUUUUCUUUUCUUUCUAUCUCAUUGUGUCUCCUAAACACAGGAAAGAGCGGUGAUUUGUCUUUAACUUUUUUCAUCUCCGGCAAUAGCAGCUGCUGCAAGUACUUUCUGCACGUACGCGGCUGUCCUACUGUGUGUAGGCGUUGAUGCAGUCAUGUGGAGCAGAGAGAGCGCUUCUCCACUUCUCAUCUGCCUGCUGGCGCACACUGCUCUCUGGAAGACCAGGUCAGUGAAUGCUGAUACCACAUCUGAUGCCUUCAAAACAAACAUCACCCUGUUCACACGGAUACUGGACAGCCUGCUGGAUGGAUAUGACAACCGUCUGAGGCCGGGCCUAGGAGACAGGAUUACUGAGGUGAAGACAAACAUCUAUGUCACCAGCUUUGGACCAGUUUCAGAUACUGACAUGGAGUACACCAUAGAUGUGUUUUUCCGGCAAACAUGGAAGGAUGAGAGGUUGAAGUUUCAUGGUCCGAUGAAUAUCUUGCCUCUCAACAACCUCAUGGCAAGUAAAAUCUGGACUCCAGACACCUUCUUCCACAAUGGGAAAAAGUCUGUGGCUCAUAACAUGACCAUGCCUAAUAAGCUGCUCAGGAUCAAAGACGAUGGGACACUGCUGUACACCAUGAGGUUAACUGUGCAUGCAGAGUGUCCAAUGCAUCUGGAGGAUUUCCCUAUGGACUUCCAUUCCUGUCCACUAAAAUUUGGCAGCUACGCAUACACAAUCUCUGAAGUGACAUAUGCCUGGACUCUAAAUGCCUCUGACUCUGUGGUUGUGGAGGGGGAAAGCUCCCGCCUGAACCAGUAUGACCUCCUCGGACAAACGGUCGGACAAGAAACCAUCAAAUCAAGCACAGGUGAAUACACAGUGAUGACAGCUCAUUUCCAUCUGAAAAGGAAGAUCGGAUAUUUUGUCAUUCAGACUUACCUCCCCUGCAUCAUGACAGUCAUUCUUUCGCAAGUGUCUUUCUGGCUGAAUAGAGAAUCGGUGCCAGCUAGGACUGUGUUUGGUGUAACCACUGUUCUCACAAUGACAACACUGAGUAUAAGUGCAAGGAACUCCCUCCCAAAGGUUGCCUACGCCACCGCAAUGGACUGGUUCAUUGCUGUCUGCUACGCCUUCGUCUUCUCUGCUUUGAUUGAGUUUGCCACCGUCAAUUACUUCACCAAGCGUGGCUGGGCUUGGGAUGGAAAAAGUAUUGUGAUUGAAAAGAAUAAAGAGAGAGCAUCGAUGGUCAAGAAGAAUAACGCCUACGCUGUAGCAGUGGCCAACUACGCACCGAACAUCACCAAGGACUCAAGCACUCUGCCAACAAUUGCCAAAGGUGGAACUCUGGAUUCUAACAAGGCCAAAGAUGGCAAAGACAGCAAAAAGACAUUCAACAGUGUUAGCAAAAUCGACAGAAUGUCAAGGGUUAUGUUUCCAGUUCUCUUUGGCAGUUUCAACCUUGUGUACUGGGCGACCUACCUUAACAGAGAACCUAUAAUAAAGGAUAUGGUCCCCUCAAAUUAGAGGCCGGUUUCAAUGGGGUGUGGUCUGGGGACUGAGCGAUGCACCAAAUACCUCUGGCAACUGUGUACACAUUCCUUUUUCAGAGUGUAAUCCUGGAUUGCAGCGUGAUCUUUUAUCUUCCUGUUUUUUACACCGUCUCUGGCACAUUUGAGAGAGCCUGGCUUUUGUAAAUGUUUCUGAAUAUUUAUAAUCAUGGUUUCAUAGUGACUUAUUAUGUAAUCACUUAACCAAGUAUGUAUUUUCAUUGGAAGAGUGUUUCCAGUUACAGUAUGUGGCCACUGUAAAUAUAACUCGAAUGAAGAGUGAACUCAUAAACAUUAAAGCAAAAAUUUUAUUUAA